UAUGUGAUCAUUCCCCGUUCUGUUCUUCUCUGUUCGUUCGAAGGGAUAUCUUACUUGCUCUGUGCUCUUGGAGAUGGUCAUCUUUUGAACUUCCAGUUGGACACAACUACUGGUCAAUUGAAAGACAGAAAGAAAGUAUCACUUGGGACUCAGCCUAUAACUCUUCGUACGUUUUCAUCUAAAAGCGCCACACACGUCUUCGCUGCAUCAGAUAGACCAACUGUAAUCUAUAGCAGCAACAAGAAGCUGUUAUACAGCAAUGUCAAUCUUAAAGAAGUUAGUUAUAUGUGUCCUUUCAACUCUGCUGCUUUUCCCGACAGUUUGGCGAUUGCCAGAGAAGGUGAACUCACGAUUGGAACCAUUGAUGAUAUUCAGAAGCUUCACAUACGCACUAUUCCUCUGGGAGAGCAUGCUCGUCGAAUCUGCCAUCAGGAACAGACACGUACAUUUGGUAUCUGCAGUUUGGGAAACCAGACAAAUGCUGAAGAAUCUGAAAUGCAUUUUGUUCGUCUGUUAGACGACCAAUCUUUCGAGUUUAUGUCAACCUAUCCCUUGGAUGCGUUUGAAUACGCUUGCUCCAUACUAAGCUGCUCCUUCACCGACGACAAGAAUGUCUAUUACUGUGUUGGAACCGCAUAUGUUUUACCGGAAGAAAACGAACCAACCAAGGGAAGGAUAUUGGUAUUUAUAGUAGAGGAUGCGAAACUGCAACUUAUCGCUGAGAAAGAAACCAAAGGAGCUGUGUACUCUCUCAAUGCCUUUAAUGGAAAACUUCUCGCUGCUAUCAAUCAGAAGAUUCAGUUAUACAAGUGGAUGCUGCGUGAUGAUGGCACUCGUGAAUUGCAGUCUGAAUGUGGACAUCACGGACACAUUCUAGCUCUCUAUGUUCAGACCCGUGGAGACUUUAUCGUUGUUGGUGAUCUCAUGAAAUCGAUCUCCUUGCUUAUCUAUAAGCACGAGGAAGGUGCAAUUGAGGAACGAGCUCGGGACUACAAUGCUAACUGGAUGUCUGCUGUUGAGAUACUCGAUGAUGAUACCUACCUUGGCGCUGAGAACAAUUUCAAUCUGUUAACGGUGAAGAAGAACAGUGAAGGUGCUACUGAUGAAGAACGAGGGAGGUUAGAAGUAGUUGGGGAGUACCACCUCGGGGAAUUCGUUAACAGAUUCUGCCAUGGAUCGCUCGUGAUGAGGCUGCCUGAUUCAGAGAUCGGUCAGAUCCCAACUGUUAUUUUCGGUACAGUCAAUGGAAUGAUUGGAGUGAUUGCUUCACUGCCUCAAGAACAGUAUGCUUUCCUGGAGAAGUUGCAGUCUAGUUUGAGGAAAGUGAUCAAAGGAGUAGGGGGACUGAGCCACGAGCAGUGGAAAUAACGUUAAUUUUCAAUGGAAAUAACAUUUAUAUGUUUUAUUAUAUUUUUCAUAUAUUUAGUUUACACAAA